AUGAGGGCACUGCCGAGCCACAUUCAGGUCAGCUCACCUCCCAGAUGUGAUUCCACAGCCUCCAGGUCCCUACCACCCGGCCCCAUAGUACAGCCCAUGGGAGCUUGCCAGCAUGCAGCAGCAGCAGCAGUAGCGGCCACGCGGCGGUGGAGGCAGCAGGCUCGGCAGCGGGAGGAGAGCAGCCGCAGGGGUCGCAACUGCUCGCGUGCAAACCUGCUCUGGGCUCGCGUGGCUCAGCGCAGGGGUCGGCCGGCGUGGAGGGGCGGGGCUAGAGCCGGGGCGGGGCCUGGCGCCCGGGCCGUGGUCGGGGGAGGCGCCUGGUGCCCGGGAACGGGUCGGGUCCUCAGUGAGCGGCGGCAGCCUCUCCUGGGUGCUGGUGAGAAACGCAGAGCCUUGGGCCCCACCCCAGACCUGCGCAGCGGGAAGCUGCCGCUGAGCCGGGUGACUGGGUGCGCAUCGAGGUUUGAAGGGCGCUGUCGGUUCUCUCCGGACCUUGUGGAUGUCGGUUCCCUGUGCUCUGCGUUGCGGGUGAUUCUUCCGCGUCUCUUCGCCUCUUGCCUGUUGCUGGGGUGGUGUUGCGGGGAUGGACAGCUAUGCCUGGGGGUGAGGACUACAGCCCGUGACCCUGCACGUCCAGGGAACAGCCCCCAGCUUUGGGCCUGGCACAAGGAGACCCUCAAGCAAUGUUUAUCGAGUGAAACUGAGCUGCCAGCAGGCCGACUCCCCACGUGUGCCGCCGACUCGCCCGUGAGUGCCGCGGACUCACGGCAGCCCUCCGGGACCUGGAGAGCUACGCCGCUGGAGGCCACGGCCCGAGGCGCGGACGCGCCUGCCGGGGGCAGGGCCUUGCCCACGGCUGCUCCUGCCUGGAAGCGCGGCGCGGGGCAAGUCUGUCAGCCGUGUGCAGCCAGCACCGCGGCCAGGGAGAGCCCUCGCUUCUUCCCGAGCGCGGCCUGGCGUUCGUGCUCGGGGAGCACUUUUCUUUCGGUGAUUGUCUUUCUGCUUCAGAGGGGACAGAGGAAUGGGCUCGGUCCAGCGUACCGGCGUCAUAGUUUUGCACAUCUGCGACCCUCUGGCCUGCGUCUCAACUCUCUUCUCUAUUGGUCUCGAAUUUCCAAGUUGCUGCUUGACAGGCUGGCACGGGGCAUGGCUGUGACGGGGGCUGGGGAGCUGAUGGAGCCCCGAGGACGAUGA